AUGUCUCACUCCGAUCAACAACUUGAUGCCCCCGCCCAGUCCCUUCAUGCAAUCAAUUUUACUUUGCCUGAAUUCUGGCAACACGCUCCAGAACUUUACUUCAUCCGCAUAGAAUCAGCCUUUUAUUCUGCCAACGUUACCAAGGAGCUAGCAAAAUACCACAAACUCGUGGAGGUCCUCCCCGCUAGUGUCAUCUCUCAAGUUCAGUCCUUGCUAGCUAAUCCUCCUGCAGAUGCUCCCUACUCUGCGUUAAAGGCAGAAAUCCUCCGACUUAAUUCUGUGUCUGACCGACAGAGGUAUCACCAGUUAAUUAAGGAGGAGUCACUGGGUGACCGGAAGCCCUCAGAGCUUCUACGUCGGAUGCGUUGUCUCCUUGGAUACAUGCAAGUUGAUGAUAAAUUUGUCAAGGAGAUGUUCCUGGAGCGCCUGCCCACAGAUGUUCAAACGAUCCUGGCGUCCGGCUCUCAGGAUCUCACAGUGUCACAGCUGGCUGAGAUGGCGGAUCGAAUGAUAGAGGUGCAACGAUUCCAGUCACCUUCCGUUGCCCAGAUCUCAUCCUCAUCGUCAGUGAAUGAGCAUUUACUAAAACAGGUGUCGGCCAUGGCAGAUAAGAUGACCUCUCUUAAAAUACAGCUCGCCCGCCUAACUUCCAGUCGCUCACGCAGUCGUCGUCGUUCUCGUUCGCGACCUCGGACUGCUGAUACUUGCUGGUACCACACUAAUUUCGGUGUAAAGGCCCGUCGCUGUUCCUCACCUUGCUCUUUUAAGCCAAAACAGGGAAACCAGUCAGCCAGAGAAUAGAUGCGACCGUUUUCUCUGGCUCCUCCGGCUCUGGUCGCACCUUCUAUGUUUGCGACACUGCGACUCGCAGACGUUUUCUGGUGGACACUGGAGCUCAAAUCAGUGUUGUGCCCCCAACUGCAGUUGAUCGUCGUUUCCCUAGUCCUGGUCUUCAUCUUCAAGCUGCUAACUGUUCCCCAAUUCCCACUUUUGGCAGUCUGUCCCUCACCCUGAACAUUGGCCUUCGUCGGUCAUUUACUUGGAUCUUUGUGAUUGCUGAUGUCCCUCAUGCAAUCCUCGGCUCGGACUUCCUUGCCGAGUUCGAUCUCCUUGUUGACUGUCGACGUGCCCGUCUCCUCGACCGCACAACCGGUCUGUUCGUCCGUGGACUAACUCCAUUUACUGCCCCCACCAACUUAUCUGUCCUGGAUACAGAUAUUGCUAGUCCUUUUCGGCAACUGCUGCUUAGUCACCCCAACAUAAUUAACGCCCAGUUUCGCAGUGGUGAAGUUCAACAUGAUGUUGUGCACCAUAUCCGCACCUCAGGUCCUCCCGUGUUUGCUCGACCGAGACGACUAGCACCGGAGCGUUUUCAGGCCGCGAAGUCGGAGUUUGAACACAUGCUGCAACUGGGAAUAAUUCGACCGUCCGAGAGCCCUUGGGCGUCCCCACUGCACAUGGUGCCCAAGGCAACAUCAGGCGACUGGCGGCCCUGUGGUGACUAUCGCGCCCUCAACAAUGCGACCAUCCCGGAUUGUUAUCCCGUCCCUCAUCUUCAAGAUUUUGCUGGAGCUCUUUUCGGCAAAUCGGUUUUCUCGAAGAUUGACCUUGUUCGGGCCUUCCAUCAGAUUCCUGUCGCUCCUGAGGAUGUUCCCAAAACUGCCGUCACCACACCAUUCGGCCUGUUCGAAUUUAUUCGCAUGCAAUUUGGUCUUCGCAACGCUGCCCAAACAUUUCAGAGGUUCAUUGAUCGAGUCCUACGUGGUCUCCCGUUUGUGUACGCCUACAUCGAUGACCUCUUGGUGGCCAGUCGAAAUGCCGAGGAACACAAAGAGCAUCUUGCCUUAGUGUUUGACCGCCUCGAUCAGUUUGGCGUGGUCAUUAACCCUUCCAAGUGUGUUCUGGGUGUGCCGUCCCUUGAUUUUCUUGGUCAUCAUAUCGACGCACAAGGUUUGCGUCCCCUCUCUUCCAAGGUUGAGGCCAUUCGUGACUUUCCUCCAACAACCUCCAAGCGUCAGCUGCAACGUUUCCUUGGCAUGGUAAACUUUAAUCGCCGGUUCCUACCGAACUGUGCCGACCUUAUGUUGCCACUCACCAACUUGCUCUCUGGUCCCAAGGGUCCCCUUGAGUUACGUGGCCACGUGCUGACUGCAUUUGAGAGAAUAAAGACCUCCCUUGCUGAUGCUACCUUGCUCACUCAUCCUGCUCCAGAAGUCCCAUUGUCCCUGAUGGUUGAUGCUUCGACCGUUGCCGUAGGAGCAGUCCUCCAACAGCAUAUCAACAACUCGACACGACCGUUGGCAUUCUUCUCCAAGAAGCUUUCACCUGCCGAGACGAGAUAUAGCACGUUUGGCCGUGAACUUCUUGCCAUUUACCUAGCCAUAAAACAUUUCCGACACUUCAUUGAGGGUCGUGACUUCACCAUUUUCACAGACCACAAACCACUUACAUUUGCCAUCCGAUCCCAUUCUGACAAAUAUAGCCCGAGAGAGAUUUCUCAUUUGGAUUACAUCUCGCAAUUCACCACCGACAUCCGCCACAUUGAUGGCCCGAAGAAUGAGGUGGCUGAUAUGCUGUCCAGACCCUCACUGUCUUCCCUCCAACUCUCACACGGGAUCGAUCUUUGUGCCAUGGCGGCUGAGCAGCAGCGAGUCGGUUGUCCUGGCGACGAGUCUGUUAGUGGUCUCCAACUCAAAGACGUUCCUCUGACCACCGGCUCUGGUACCAUACUUUGUGACCUCUCAACUCCCUUUCAUCGCCCUUUUGUGCCCGCCUCGAUGCGUCGAGCUGUAUUUCAAACUAUGCAUGGACUCUCCCACCCUGGGAUCCGAGCCUCUCAAAAGCUCCUCGCGGAAAGGUUUGUCUGGCCUGGCAUGAACAAGGACGUCAAAGCUUGGGCCCGGUCGUGUCUGAGCUGCCAGCGCAACAAGGUGUAGCGUCACAACAAGUCCCCACCAGGCACUUUCCCCAGUCCCGACGCACGGUUCAGCCAUGUGCACCUGGAUGUCGUAGGCCCCUUGCCUCCAUCCAAUGGUUUCACCUACCUCCUUACCUGUGUCGAUCGAUAUACUCGCUGGGCUGAAGCUAUUCCUUUGCCGAAUGUUCAGGCUGAAACCAUCGUGAAGGCCUUCCUCAGUCGUUGGGUCGCCAUGUUCGGUGCCCCAUCCACGGUUACGACUGAUCGUGGUGCCCAGUUUGAGUCGGCACUCUUCCAAACGUUACUCAAUUUCCUUGGCUGCACACGCAUUCGGACGACAGCCUACCACCCCGCUGCCAACGGUAUGGUGGAACGUUUCCAUCGCCAGCUAAAGACCGCCCUGUGUGCCGUAGAAGACCCAGGAAACUGGUCGGACAACCUUCCUCUUGCACUCCUCGGCAUCCGCGCAGCUCUGAAGUCGGAUCUGGGCUGUAGCGCAGCUGAAUUGGUUUUCGGCACUACCCUCCGACUGCCAGGCGAGAUGAUCACCCCAACCUCUCGUGGAGCCGACGAGACUCCUGACAAUCUUGUGCACCGUUUGCGGCAAUUUAUGCGCUCGCUUUCCCCGGUUCCACCUCGAGCUCCAAUGACUGAGUCUUAUGUCGAAAAAAACUUGGACAAAUGUACUCAUGUGUUCGUCCGGUGUGACCGUGUGCGCCAGCCGCUGGAAUCACCAUAUGAAGGACCGUUCCGCGUGCUCGCGCGCAACACCAAGACCUUCUGGAUUCUUCGCAGUGACAAGGAGGACGUGGUCAGUGUCGAUCGGGUCAAGGCUGCUGUUGCGGAGGAGCCGCCGGACCUGUCACAAGGACAAACAAUUGCUGACCCCCUAACCCCUGUUCCUCCAUCUUCCCUAUCCCCUACUCGUUCACCCUGCCCACUGCCUUGCCCUUCCCCUCCUUUGCCCUCUACCCCUCCGUCCCGCAUACUUCCUCUCCCUACAUGUCAACAGCAUCCAACUGCAACACCAUCGUCCACCACAGCACGCAGUCAACCCUCUUCGACUGUACCUCCUGCAUACAUAACUCGCAGUGGCCGUCACGUUCAUUUUCCCGAUCGUUUGGUUACCCAUUUUUUCUAGCCUUGUGCAUAUCCUCCGGCGCCGUAUCCCGUCGCCCUCCGGUCUUGAAGGGGGGUACUGUGGUGAGGUACCUGACUAAUUUACCUUUGACAAUUUAGUCCCAUUUCCUUUGACCGCAUUGCUUGUUUGAAUGUGACGAGAAACGACACACCUGUACAACCCGCCUUGCUAGCGUGCUCUGCUGUGGUAUUCUGUUGUCAGUUUUUCUUAACGUUCAAAAAUCUCUAUAUUAUUCACUGCUCCGAUUUACUUGCUGCAUUUAAGGCUAGGGGCUCGUGAGAUAUAACUCGUUAGUUCGUGAGAACAUUACGAUUUACGACAUCUCUAUAAGCAGAAGGGUAACCGUCAACCACGCGACAACCACCUAAGCAUCUUUUUACUGAACAUCGCCGGGGAGAUCUUCGCCCUACCUCCCCUCAACCUCCUGAACAACCAUCUGGAGCAGGUAUACUUCCGGAAAGCCAGUGCGACUUCCGCCGUCAUCGUGGGUCUAGGGACAUAAUCUUCGCCGUCCGCCAACUUCAGGAGACGUACCAGGAGAUGCGGACCCACCUCAAUUCUACGUUCGUGAAUCUUGCAAAGCCCUAGACACGGUGAAUCGUGAAGACUGUGGAAAAUCAUUCAGAAAUUCAGCCUUCUCGAGCAAUCCCCCAGAUGGUACGUUAGCUCCACGAUGGCAUGAUGGCGUGAGUCACGGACAAUGGAGCUGUCUCAGAGGCAUUCGCGGUGAUCAGCAGAGUGAAUCAGGGCUGAGUCCUCGCGCCUACCCUCUUCAUUCUCAUGUUCUCUGCCAUGCUGAUGGAUCCUACCGUGACGAACGCCCUGGAAUUCGCAUCGCCUACAAGACGGACGGUCACCUCCUCAAUCAGCGGAUGAUUCAUUUCCAGUCGCGUGUAUCCACAACCACCUUCCAUGAACUUUUCUCGUCGACGACUGCGUCCUCAACGCCACUUUGGAAGGGGACAUGCAAACGGGCAUGGACCUCUGCGCCGCCCUCUGCGACAACUAAGGCCUGAUCAUCAACGCGUAGAAAACAGGGGUCAUGUGUCAACUGCCACCCGAUGUUGCCUGCGUCGUACCCCAAAUCAACGUGAACGCGCCCAACUGCAAGUCGUGGGCAAAUUCACCUACCUGGGUAGCAUCCUCUCGCGCACCACCAAAAUUGACGAUGAAGUGGCCCGCCUGAUUUCCAAAGCCAGCCACGCCUUCGGCCGUCCGCAAAACACACUCUGGAAUCGCCACGCUCUCCACCUCAAACAGAAGAUGUACAAGGCCGUCAUCCUGUCGACGUUGCUGCGUGGAGAGGAGACCCGGGUGGUGCACAAGAGGCAGGUGCAAUGACUCAAUCAUUUCCACCUCAGCUGUCUUCGAUGGCUACUGCAGUUGAGACGACAGGACCGGGUCCCGGUAACGGACGUACUGGAGCGACCGGGAACCCUCAGCAUAUACGCCAUGUUGAGACAGUAGCAAAUGCGUUGGAGCGACCGUCUCGUACGGAUGGUCGACGACCGGCCACCCAAACGACUCUUCUACGGGCUCUCGCUGACAAGGAAGUCAAGUCCGUUGCUACAAGAACACUCUGAAGACUUCCCUGAAACGUCUGCAGAUCAACCCAGCCAAAUGGGAAAACCUCACCCGAGAUCGACCGACCUGGAGGAGGAGGACGGUGAAGACAGGCGGAACGAUCAGCGAAACCAACCGCAUCACCGCCUCUAAAGCCAAACGUGAGCUUCUCAAAUCUCAACUGCAUUCACCUCGCAACGCCAGCGCUCAGCUACCCCUCCCCCCUCCAGCCUGCCCACGCCACCAGCGGGCCUCCCGGGCACCAAUCGGCAUUGUAGGACAUCUUCGCACCGACUGCGGCACCCGCACUACACCAGCUGCUCUCUCCUCGCAAAACUCUGCCUCAUCCUCCGCGCCGUAA